CUGUCCGGUCGUCGUCAGUCUUCUGACAAUUAUAUAAAAUGAAACGUUCCAAUAAUGUUUUAAAGUAAACCUUCCUUUAGAAGGAAAGACAAGGGAACCUCAAGGAACAAAACAAAAAAAACUGUCGAUUCAGUUUUUGUUGGAAGCUUCUGAAAUAUUCUUCGUGGAUCGAAUUUCCCAGUCAGGCGAAAUAAGUUUGGAUAUGACUAUUUAUUCAAGUUCCUUAGCAGUAUUUCUACUGUCGUAUAUCUGUCAUGAUCGUGGUUAUUUGGUGACACAAGAUGAAUUGGACCAAACUUUAGAGGAGUUCAAAGACCAGUUUGGUGACAAACCCAGUGAACGUCGACCAGCCCGCAGUGAUUUGAUUGUUUUAGUGGCUCACAACGAUGACCCUACAGAUCAAAUGUUUGUGUUUUUCCCUGAGGAUCCUAAAGUUGGAAUCAAAACCAUCAAAACUUAUUGCCAAAGAAUGCAAGAAGAGAACAUCACUCGUGCCAUUAUUGUAGUCCAAGCUGGUAUGACUCCAUCUGCAAAACAAGCUCUGGUAGACAUGGCACCAAAAUAUAUUCUGGAACAGUUUUUGGAAGCAGAAUUAUUGGUAAACAUCACAUCACACAUGUUGGUUCCAGAACAUGUUGUGAUGACACCCGAAGAGAAGUCUGAACUGUUGCAGCGAUAUAAGUUAAAGGAAUCACAACUGCCCCGUGUCCAACAAGGGGACCCUGUUGCCAGGUAUUUUGGACUGAAGAGAGGUCAGGUUGUGAAGAUAGUCCGGCCCAGUGAAACAGCUGGCCGAUACGUAAGCUAUCGCCUUGUGGUCUGAUGGACAGAGAGGAGAGGCACUUUAUUCACCAUCACUCAUCUCUAUCAACAACAACAAUGGCUUAAUCUCUCCUUCUUGCUCUAAUGCCACAACCAACUGACCAACCCCAGUGGAAAGGGAAAUGGCUUCUUCGGCUUUCAACAAUAUCAUAUUGUGAUGAGCAGAGGGAAAUUUUCCUUGUUGUGUACUUCUGUCUUCUUUCAUUCACAUCAUCAUCAUCAUCAAUGUUAGGCAAUAAAUUUUCUUUAAAAAAAA